UUUAUGUCUUUAUGGAAAAAAUAAAGUUUUAAAUUAAAAUAUAGUGUGCCUUCUUGAAACAGCCACCCAGACAGAGCUCCCUACACAAAGAUCUUGCAUUAAAAAACGAUUUGGAAGAAUCAGAUACCGUGAAAAAUGCGAAAUGUUCAGUUAAUGAUCCCACAUUAAACGUUCUGGUAAUUUUUGCUUUUAAAAAGGAAAAAAAAUUACAUUGUGCCGCAGACUAGGCGCAACGAAUCCUAAAAUGGCUAGUUUUUGCACAAAACAACUAUUACUUGCAAUAGCGACUCUACUAUUCCUUGGAAAAAGAACGCAAAGUGCUGCGUCACCGAAGUACUUGUUGGACAUAGAACGUUUCGAGCCGUGCACCGAAUUCAACGACACAGAAAGCCCCCUAGAGAACGUGAAAUUUCUCAAGAUCAACCGUACCGCCAGAGCAUUCUUUUACGACACAACCCUCAAAAGACCUCUGGACGAAAACAUCGGGUUGAAGGCGGAGCUUGAGAAAUGGGGGUCGAGGGGUUGGAUCCAGGUACCCUUCAUGGCGCUGCAGCCCGACGCCUGCAACCUCUUCAGGAAGCUCCUCGGGAAGAUGUGGGUGGACCUCGGGGCAGCCAUGGGCGCGAAAGAACCCGGGAAAUGUCCCUUGCCGGCGGGGCGAUACAGCAUGAAAAACUUCAUGUACGACACUUCGGACCUGGGCUAUUUCGCCCCUUUCAAGGGCAAAUUCAGGUACAAGGCGAUCCUGACGGACAUGAAAACGGGGAAAGCGGUGCAGUGCAUAACGGUCGUGAUAAACGUCACUGACGCUGCCUAGACGAAGCUCCCCGACUAUUCGUAGAAGACAUGCAUGUAAAAUUAUCAGAAAUAAAAAAUGUACUUAA